AAACAGCAUCCCUCCAGCACAGAGAUAGAGAUCAUCAAGACAGAGAGAGAUCAUCAAGACAGACAGAGAGAGAGAUCAUCAAGACAGACAGAGAUAGAGAUCAUCAAGACAGACACAGAGAUCAAGACAGACAGAGAGACAGUUCAUCAUUACAGAGAGAUCAUAAAGACAGAGAGAGAGAGAUAUCAUCAAAACAGAGAGGGAGAUUUUCAAGACAGAGAGAGAUCAUCAAGACAGAGAGAAAGACAGAGAUUAUCAAUACAGACAGGGGGAUCUUCAAGACAGAGAUAAAGCUCCUCAAGACAGAGAGGGAGAACUUCAAGACAGAGAUAAAGCUCUUCAAGACAGAGAGGGAGAUCUUCAAGACAAAGAUAAAGCUCUUCAAGACAGAGAUAAAGCUCUUCAAGACAGAGAGGGAGAUCUUCAAGACAAAGAUAAAGCUCUUCAAGACAGAGAUAAAGCUCUUCAAGACAGAGAGGGAGAUCUUCAAGACAAAGAUAAAGCUCUUCAAGACAGAGAGGGAGAUCUUCAAGACAAAGAUAAAGCUCUUCAAGACAGAGAUAAAGCUCUUCAAGACAGAGAGGGAGAUCUUCAAGACAGAGAUAAAGCUCUUCAAGACAGAGAGCGAGAUCAUCAAGACAGAGAGGGAGAAGGGAUUAUAUUUUCAUAGCUUUUACUCAGAGUGCUGGCCAGGGCUUGCACAAAGAGAGGAGAGAGUGACACAGACGGAGAUAGAGAGUGGAGUGAAGAUUUUAAUCCUCUUGGCAUGCGAGUGUGUCCCUGGCUGCUUGGAAUGUGUUGCAGCUAACCCGGGGGCCAGGACGGAAGGAACAACUCUCACCAUGCUGGGGAAGGAUUACAUGCUCGCCAUCAUCAUCGUCAAUUAUGACGACAAUAUUUGGAACGACCCAAGCCUUGAUUUGGACUCUGACCUACCGUCAGGGUGGCGCACCAUCCGGGACAGCACUGGUACCUAUUACUGGCACGUGGCCACUGGCGCCACCCAAUGGCAGCACCCGUCCUACAGCACUGAGGAGGACCAGAACUCCAUCAAUGGCAUCACUGCCGCGGACAUCAAGAGCCUGGAGGCUGGGGGCAGACGUGAAUCAAGGGCAAGGCUGACAGAGAGCCCAUUGGCCUCCAUAAAUGACAGGGUCUCCUGGCAGGACGAUUAUUUCUGCACCAACGUUGAUCCUGACUCCAAGUGUUUUGCAGUGCGCUCCCUGGGCUGGGUGGAGAUUCCAGAGGAGGAGCUGAUCCCGGGGAAGAGCAGUCUGGCUGUCAAUAACUGCAUCCAGCAGCUGUCCAGCAGCAAGGCAGAGGGCCGCGAUGACACACUGGGCGCCUGGGGAGAGGGCCAGGACAUGAUGAUGGUUCUGAAGAAGGAUACCCUCAGCCUGAUGGACCCAGUGGACCGCAGCCUUCUCCACUGCCAGCCUAUCACUGACAUCCGCGUGUGGGGCGUGGGCUGCAACAAUGGCAGAGACUUUGCCUUCGUGGCCAGUGACAAAGACACCUGUAUGCUGAAGUGCCACGUGUUUCGCUGUAAAGCCCCAGCAAAAACCAUUGCCACGGCUUUGCACAAAAUGUGCUCAAAGAUCAUGGCAGAGAAGACCACAAGAAGCCCAUCUAUGGCGCGCUCCCUCACCAUGGCGACCAUCUCCCCUGAGGACCUGCCACGCCAAGUGGACUUCGUGGAUGCAAUGAGGCAGAGGGUGCAGAAGUUUGAGGUGCAGUACAUCGGAAACCUGCCCGUCUCCAGGGCGAUGGGUAUGGAGGUGCUGAACCGGGCCAUAGAGAGCAUCAUGAACACCUCAGACAGUGACGAUUGGGAGCCCAUCGUCAUCCACAUCUCUGACAGUGUCCUGUCACUCUGGAAAGGAGAGGAUGGAGAUGAUCCAUUUUGGGAAUGUCAAGUGCGUUUGUUGACUUUUCUGGGUGUGGGGCAUGAUACACACACCUUUGCAGUGAUAGUGGACGGCGGGACACAGCGGUUUGAGUGUCAUGUUUUCUGGUGUGAGCCAGACGCAGGGAUCAUCUCUGAGGCUGUGCAGGCUGCAUGCAUGGUCCAGUACCAGAAGUGCUUGGUAGCCCAGACUCCACCACCCAGGUCCAAAAUGUGGCGGGCGGGUUCCAAGGUGAAGCGGGCCAACUCCAUGGACGGCUUCAGUUUUCCAGCUCCCCGUCACCAAGGACUGUCCCCGCCCAAGGCUGGCUCCUCCACCACCAAAAAGGGCAUGCUGGCGUUUUUUGAGACUUUCAGAAAUAAACAGUCAGCCGUUUCCACACCAUAGCAACCAG